AUGUUUAGUAAAGGACGUAAACUAGUCGAUUUAGUGAUUCAAACUGAUAUAAACAAGACGGACUCGCAAGACGUGCCACCAUCAGUGUCCGGCCAAAAAGCAGAAGUGAAGAGUUCAUCACAUAAAAUAGCCAAAAAUGUUACUUCUGCAGAGUUGUUGGCAGAUAGCUACAAAUCUCAGCAAAAAAAUGAGGACAAUAAUUCAAACAAAACUUUGAUCUUCAAAUCGCCAGCUAUAAAUGAAGUUAGCGUCACUCAAACACCACGGUCAAAAGUUGCAAAGAAUUUAAAUACUCUAUUUGACAAAAUAUCUAAUGAGAUUGCUGCAAAAAGUCAAGCUUUCAUUGAAAAUUCAACGACAUCGCCUAUAUGCACAGCCAAUGAAGUAAUAGUUCCAGAAUUUGAUAACAAUAAUUCACUUGAAGAUAUAAACAACUGUGACAAAUCCGAGUCAGUUCUAACUUCACAAGCAUCUCCUGACAUUACCAUUACAGAAAACGAUGUAAUCACCGCUGCUCCCAUAAAUGCUAUUGAUCAAAAAAGAGAUCCAUCACAGUCUGCUAAAUCAAAUGCAGUCUUAGGUCACGACGUUGAGUCUCUGCAAUAUGUAGAAUCUGCCUCUAAAAUAUCUGAUUCGGAUCAUCUUUCAAAAGAAAUUUCCCCAUCUGUUCUCAACGCACAGCUGUUAGAAGACCUGCCUGUUCCCAGCGAAUCUGUUCAUGUUUCACUAAAGCCGAGUACAUCAACAUGUGAAAAUACAUUAUUACACCAAGAUCUAUAUUUGUCAGAUAACGAAAUAUCUCCAUAUAUUGAUUCUGAAUCGUCGUAUGCUCCUUCACCAUCUAAACCACGCCAUCUACCAUUAUCAUUAGAUAGCGAUUUAACUGACGUAAGUGACUCAGUAGAAGCUACAAAGGAAAAUCAACCAAAACGAAGAAAGAAGGCAAUGCCCGAAACAUGGAAAAGAAAUGUUCUUAAAAAUUUACGCCAAACAGGUAAAGGGUACACAAGUAGAAAUGGAAAAUUUAUGAAACCAAAAGAAUGCAAGCCUACAGAUUGCUCUAAAUGUCGAUAUCAGUGCAAUUCUUUGUUUCCAGAAAAUCUGAGACAGGAUAUCUUUGAAGAGUACUGGAGCCUAGGUGAUACAAAACAACAAAAAAUGAUGCUCAGUAGCCUGAUUUCUCACGCUGAAGUCUUACGUCUUUAUACGAAGGCAAAAAAAAAUCGCACUAUGUCACGUCAGUAUUGGCUAUUUCAUCAAUCUGUAGGUAAAAAACGAGUUUGCCAAAAGUUUUUUUGUAAUACAUUUAACAUUAGUUCAAGCAUCAUUAAUAAUUGUUCAAAAAAUAGAGGGCUCAACGGCAUAUUUAUGGGCACUGACAAACGAAUAGGAAAAAUGCCCGCAAACAUUACUUCAGUGGAGUCUACUAAUUUUGUUAAAGAGCAUAUUAACCUGUACCCUCGCGUUGAAUCCCACUAUUGCCGAAAAAGUUCUAAAAAACAGUAUUUAGACAGCGAUCUCAACCUGAGUCGCUUAUAUCAAAUGUACAAAGAUGUUUUUUGCCCCGAAAAGAUGAUAACUCCUGUAUCGCCUUAUGUGUAUCAAAAGAUUUUCCACUCUUAUAAUCCAAGACUAGCAUUUUACAAGCCAAAGAAAGACCAGUGCACCAAAUGCAACGUGUAUAAACGAUCCGACAAUAGAGCUCCCUUACAGGAAGAUUAUGAUGCCCACAAGAAACGCGAAAAUGAUGCACUGACUAUGAAAAAAGAAGAUAAGCAAAGAUGCAUGAAUUCAGAUGGAGCUUUCCGGGCUAUAACAUUUGACCUUCAAGCUAUCCUAUCGGUACCUUUUACUGGAGACUGCAAAAUCUAUUAUUUACGUAAAUUAUCGAUGUACAAUUUUACUAUCCUAGAUUGUUAUGAUAACACUGGCUACUGUUAUUUAUGGGACGAGUGUAAUGGCAAAAAAGGUUCUACUGAAAUCGGAUCGAUAUUGUUAAAAUAUCUUAGUAGUUUACCCGAAACUGUUACUCAUGUCGCAUCAUUUUCUGACACUUGUGGUGGUCAGAACCGCAAUAAAUAUGUUACUCUAGCCGCUUUAUACGCUGUCAAUAACAUACAUCACUUAGAUACAAUCGAUUUGAAAUUCAUGGAAUCGGGGCAUUCGUAUUUAGAAGUGGAUUCAAUUCACGCGUGUAUUGAAAGAGCGCGAAAGCAUAAAAGCAUAUUCACUUUGCGUGAAUAUGCAUUGGUGAUAGGGUCGGCUAGAAUCAAGCCGAAACCCUACGAUGUUGUUAUUAUGAAACACGGGGAAUUCUAUGAUUUGAAGGGAUUCGAAAAAACUUUGAAUUGCAAUACAACAAAAAAUACAAAAAAAUGAGCAAGUACAGUGGCUGAAAAUUAAGUGGCUGCGGCUGCAGAAAAAAUCCCCCACUUCAAUUUUUUACAAAUACGAUUUGACCGAUCCAGAUUUCAAAGAAAUAGACAUUUGUAAGACAAAAACAAUGAAAAAAAAUAAAGACAUAUGUAUAAGCAAACUAAAGAAACCUCUGAAAGGAGCAUAUAAAUCACUGAUUCCAGUGUCGGAAACUAAAAAGAAAGAUCUGAUAACACUUUUAAAUGAUGGGGUUAUACCACCAGAAUAUGAGCAUUAUUACAAAGAUAUUCCAUCCACUUCUGCGACUAUUGUUAACAAUAAUUGUGAUGACACUGAAUCGUCUGAUGAUGAUCCAGAUGAAGAGUCCAUUGUUGAAGAAAUUUAA